GAACCGAAGGAGAGAAGAGUGAGUGGUCAAGCAAAAAACAGAACUGCAAGUUGACACUUGGAAUUUAGCGGCUCUCUCCAUAUAUACGAAUCCAUUUGCAUCCCAUUCUGCUCCAAGAAGAGAGUCGGAACCUUCCUUUUUACCGCCCAAUUUCUUCGAUUUGUGAGGUUUCUAUUGAGCCAGAAACGACCUCAAACCUGUGGAGAUAGAGACAAGAGAAUUCUAGAGAGAGAGAGACCCAAUGGAGAGAGAAAUUGAAAUGAAGCAGUCCAAGUUCAAGAGGAUUUGUGUCUUCUGUGGGAGUAGCCAGGGGAAGAAGAGCAGCUACCAAGAUGCUGCUAUUCAGCUUGGCAAGGAAUUGGUCUCCAGGAACAUCGAUCUGGUCUAUGGCGGUGGCAGCAUAGGCCUGAUGGGUUUGAUUUCACAAGCUGUUCAUGAUGGUGGCAGGCAUGUCACCGGAGUUAUUCCUAAGACUCUCAUGCCCCGAGAGUUGACUGGUGACACAGUAGGGGAAGUGAAAGCAGUUGCAGAUAUGCAUCAAAGGAAGGCAGAGAUGGCUAAGCGCUCUGAUGCUUUCAUUGCCUUGCCAGGUGGUUAUGGGACCCUUGAGGAGUUGCUCGAAGCAAUAACAUGGGCUCAACUAGGCAUACAUGAUAAACCGGUGGGAUUGCUGAAUGUUGACGGGUACUACAACUCACUGCUGUCAUUUAUUGACAAAGCUGUUGAAGAAGGUUUCAUAACCCCGAAUGCACGCCAUAUCAUUGUGUCUGCUCCAACAGCAAGGGAAUUAAUGAAAAAUUUGGAGGAGUAUGUUCCAUGCCAUGAAACAGUCGCAUCGAAGCUGAGCUGGGAGACGGAGCAGCUCGGGUACCCUCAGAAGCAUAAUCUCUCGAGGUGAUACGAAUUUUCUCCAUCAACAGUUGUAGAAGAUGGAUAUUAGGCAGUUUAAAGGCUAACUUCAAAGAAACAAUUGAUAUUAUUUCAAGUGAAGGGAUUCUCUCUGUAAAUUUCUGGUCACAAAUGACCUCGGAAAAUGUCUUGAGUUUAACUAUUCCCUUCAACUGGAGUGCCAAUUUGGAUCCUCUCUUAUGCUUUAACUUGUAACUAAUCGAUGAACAUGAAGUUUCCCUCUGUAAUUGUAGCUUAUGCAAGUAGAUUGCUCCUUAAUUUCUUCUGAUUGAAUGAGAACAUAUAUAAUUAUAUGUAUAUUCAAUGGCUUCUCUUUACUUGGAGAGAA